ACCAAAAUAAAAGAUGGCGAUUUAGGACCGAACAUUGAUUUGUUUUGAUCCGUAACGUUUCUACAAUUCACCAAGUAUUUCCAGAAAAAUCCGCAAAAAUUGCUUCAAAGCAUGAACUAGCGUUAACCUGUUUGAAUCGCAGUAACAGCAAGCAGAAAAUGUCUCGGACCAAGUCACGAAUCCAGACGGAAAUCUGUGGCGACUGCGGCGGCUCAGAUCCCUCCUGGGCCUCGAUAAACCGUGGCAUUUUGCUGUGUGCUGAUUGUUGCUCGAUUCAUCGCAGUCUCGGCCGCCACAUUUCCCAGGUUAAAUCUUUACGCCAGGGCACCUGGUCUCCGUCGGUGUUAGCUUACGUCAAUCAACUGAAUAUCCACGGAGCGAAUAGCGUUUGGGAGCAUCUUUUACUGGACUCGGUAGCGCCGAAAAACCUUAAACGGAAACCAUCGCCAAAGGAUCCUCUGCAUCCCACUAAAGCGGACUUUAUUCGCGCUAAACAUGUGAAUUUAUCGUACGUUUUGAAACCAAGCUUGGAAGAUGCUGUGAGUCCGGGAAAUUUAGAGGUGGAACUCAGCAAGCAACUACACGCAAGCGUGAGGUCCGCCAAUUUGGAGACAAGCCUGAGAUUGCUAGUCCAAGGGGCAGAUCCGAAUUAUUUUCACGAUGAGAAGGGAUCCACGCCCUUGCACGUUGCUGUCCGGUCGGGACAACUCUCGCAGAUGGAAUUGCUGUUGGUUUACGGAGCGGACAUGAACACUUUAGAUUCGCAGGGUAACACGCCCUUGGAUGUAGCACAGGCGUGCAAGCAAAUGGCAAUCGCCGAACGGCUCGUAGAGGCUAUGUACGAAGUGACUGACAGAUUGAGUUAUUUUCUCGUCGGCAAGAAACCGGACCAUUCGUCUGGCCAGCAUCUUCUCAUCCCAGACCAAUCGAGGAAAGAGAUAAGCGAACAACUCAAAAUCGCUCGAGGCAAACUGCAGCUAGUUCCGAACCGUAUGUUUGAAGAGCUAGUGAUGGAUCUGUAUGACGAAGUCGAUCGCCGAGAAACCGAAGCCAUUUGGGCAACCAGUUCCCUGAAUCCGGAAAUUGGAGCGGUCCCCUUCCUGCCAACGAAUCCACAUUUAAGUGCUACGAGAAAUCAGGGUCGCCAAAAGUUGGCCCGUUUCAGCCAACAGGAGUUCUCCGGAUUGAUCAGCGAUGUACUGAUCGAUGCCCGCCGCAGGCAGAAUAUGGCCAAUCUGCGCCCAAUCGACUCACCACUGCCGGCUAGUUUGAGUCAGCUGAAGAAUGCCGCAGCCCGAGAUUCUAACCUUUCGGACGACGAGCCACUGUACGAUGCCGUUGCUUCGGAUGAUGAUUAUGCGGCGCUAGCCCCGGUGGCUCAGCAGGCACUCGUAAACAAGUCGCCCCCGAGUAUCGUCUCGAACGUCGAUGUCGAAACCCUCCGGCAGCAGCUGCAACACCAAGAGUCAACGAUUCAAGAGUUGCGCGUUCUAGUGCAGAAGCUUACAAGAGAAAACAGCCAUCUAAAGUCCCACGUAGAUUCCAAGGAGUACGAAGUGCAACUACGGAUUGACGGCCCCGAUCAAUGCCCUGGUGAACAGGAGGAUUCCGAGCCGACGGCUUCCGAUGGUCGACAAUAUUGCAAACGCCCAGUGAGUAUGUACGAAGCAAGGCAACAACCCCGAGAGGAAAAUCGUCCCCCGAUUACGCAAAGUCUGUACUCGAUGGCUUCGCUUGCGAAUGCAAAUAACGUAAGCAAUUCCACCACCGGCACAAUCGUAACCUCCACAAACGCAAGUUCGGAUUCGAAUGCACAGACCGGAAACAAUAUGGUCUCCAAAUUGCCCCAGUUCGAAGAGGUUAAAAAACGAACCGAUCUUGUGGCCAGACGAAUCAAGGAACUUUUCGCCACAAUGCAAGAUCUCUCGAAAACGGGUGCAUUUGUGCCAUGUGCCGAGAGGAUACGAAUCGCCGUCGUUGAACUUACUGCCAUCUUCCCGGCCACUUUGCACGAGGAGACGCUUCGGAGCGCCAUGAAGCAGCUAAACUACAACACCAACUUGAUCCAAACGGAAUGCACCCGUCUGCAACGAUCUCUCGUCGAGGAAGGACAGCAGAUGGCGGUUCUAUCGGAUAGCAUUAAACUCAACAUGGAAAAAGUACGCGGCUGUGCGUACAAUUUAGCAAUGUCGACCAAAAUCCUGAUAACGCAUUUUCAGCAGUCCUGAACUACGAACUGCGUCGGAGUUAUUCUGGCGGAGGCAAUACAAUAAUGAAUGCAAUAAUUUGUUCAAUGUUUCGUAAUCGAAACCACUAUACUAUAGGUCCAAUGUUACAAAACCCGUACAGUAAUUACAUCUAAUGACGAAAUAAAGUAUUUUAUCCUACACAGUAACUCAAUCGUGAGAAAGAUUGCCGAAUGUGCCAAAUUUUUGUGUUUCUAUAGAAGUAUUUUACGAUAUUGAAGAAGCAGAAAAAAUACUGUUCAUUAUAUAAAUAUAUUUAAACAUCUACAGAAUGCUAUUUUCUUGAUCGUGUAAUGUUUUAGACCAAGUAAGUUAUUUUGAUGCUGACAAUUUGAAGCAUAUAGUUGACGACAAUCAAUUGUAACGGCACAAACGAAAGUCGUCGUGGGUCAUGCGAAACCCACGAAUGGUAGGACCAAUUUGUUAAUACGACUAAUACAUCAACACUGAUAUACUAACUUGAAAAGAUCGUGAU